AUGCUGGGAACAAAGCGACCCUGGCCGCCAGGUCCCUCCUUCAGCCUGGGGUUGCCUUUGGCCCUCACACUUCUGGCCCUGAGGGCCGGGUGGGCCCAGGAGGGGACAGAGCCAGUCCUCCUGGAAGGCGAGUGCCUGGUGGUCUGUGAGCCCAGCAGAGCUGCUGCAGGAGGGCCAGGGGGAGCAGCCCUGGGAGAGGCGCCCCCUGGAAGAGUGGCAUUUGCUGCAGUCCGCAGCCACCACCACGAGCCCGCAGGGGAGAUCAGCAAUGGCACCAGCGGAGCCAUCUACUUCGACCAGGUCCUGGUGAACGAGGGAGGUGGCUUUGACCGCACCUCUGGCUCCUUCGUGGCCCCUGUGCGGGGUGUCUACAGCUUCCGAUUCCAUGUGGUGAAGGUGUACAACCGCCAAACUGUCCAGGUGAGCCUGAUGCUGAACACAUGGCCUGUCGUCUCGGCCUUUGCCAACGAUCCAGAUGUGACCCGGGAGGCGGCCACCAGCUCUGUGCUGCUACCCCUGGACCCUGGAGACCGGGUAUCUCUGCGCCUGCGUAGAGGGAACCUGCUGGGUGGCUGGAAAUAUUCAAGCUUCUCUGGCUUCCUUAUUUUCCCACUCUGA